GUGUCAGUUACUAAAAUUCAUCUUUAAUAUCGCCUUGCUGGCUUGGGGCGAGUUGCGCCCUUUUCGUUUCCCCACAAUGUUUGAUAGUAUUGAGUCCGGUGUUUCUCUACAAAAUGACUUCUCGUAUAACAAUAAUGUUGCAAAAGCCAACAUUUACAUCAGGAUGGGAUUUAUCCGUAAGGUAUAUGGCCUCCUUUCAGCACAAUUGAUAAUUACUCUUGUUAUCGCCUCGAUAAUCGCUAAUUUUUCUGAACAAGUUAGCAAACUAGUUGCAGAAAGACCGUUUGUUCUGACCCUUGUUAUCGCUGGAAAUUUUAUUUCUUUGUUUAUGCUGCUAUGGAAAAAGCGACAAGUUCCGAUCAAUUUAUUUCUACUUUUUACAUUCACGAUCUUUGAGUCUACUCUCAUUGGCCUAGCUGUCGCUCAUUAUUCGGUGAAUAUAGUGCUUCAAGCACUUGCUCUUACGAUUGUCACGUUCAUUAGCUUAACCGUAUACACAUUUCAAACCAAAAAAGAUUUCUCCUCCUGGGGAGCCGGCCUUUUCGUAUUCCUGUUUCUGCUUCUUUCGGCAGGCCUACUUAACUUUUUUUUGGGGUCUCCACUCUUGGAUUUUGCCAUUUCAGUCUCUGGCUGUGUAGUGUUCAGCCUCUUCAUAAUAUACGACACGAAUGCUAUAAUGCAUCGCACCUCUCCUGAAGAGUACAUCAUUGCAUGCGUUGAAUUGUAUACUGAUAUAAUCAAUCUAUUUAUUCAUUUGCUACGUUUUCUUGAUGCUAUUCGUGAUAAAUGA